CAUAGCGAUGUGGAAAUGGCUGUGUGGGAGGCAGAGCAGACCCAUGGUUUGCUGCGCUCAGAUCUUCUGUCCCCUUUGGUGGACGGCAAGCCGGAAGGGCCACCUGAGCAGCCCAAAGUCCAGUUCUACUGCAGAGUAUGCCUGGUCACCUUCGGCUCCCAGGAGAGCUUUGAGAACCACUGCUCCUCAGUGGAGCAUGCACAGAUGAUUGCCAUGGAUACUGUGGUCCAGUGGAACCACCGGGCCCCUCCCUACGGCCUGAAGACCUUUGCUCUGUGUAGACGAGCUGAAAUCUGCGAAUAUGGGCAAGACUGCACAAAGGCCCACUCCCCGGAGGAGCUCGAAGAGUGGAUCCAGAGGGCUAAAGUGGCAGAGGAAAAUAAGAAGUCCGCCAAGGAGGGGGGCCUCCUGUCUUACCAGGAUCGACUUCUUGCGGAAUACCAACAAAGCCACAACGAGGUCUUAAUUAUAUCGGAACAGGUUGACGGUGUGUCCGUUACCUGUCAGCAGCCGCUGCAAAUGCAGUCAGAGGAGAAGAAGAUGCAAUACCAGUGGGUUUUCCUGGUUCAUUCCCAGAAGCCCCUCAAGCAUGUGGCUCUGUUGAAGAGAACCCCUGGUGCCAAUUUCUUCCUAGCAGGGGACGGGCUCUCCCGAGGUCUCACUUAUGCCUCGGGAGAAAGAUUCAAGCUUCUGCCCACGUCUCCGCCAGUUUCUGAGAUACGGGUAUCUGUUGAAUGCUGCACUUUCGGCGUCUACGAGCAAUGGCUAGUGUUCGACUUUGGCAGCCGUCCAGUGUUGGUGCAGAAGCUCCAGGCUAAGAUUGGCAAGAAAGAAGCUUACUGGCGCGUGGAUCCGGCGGGAGAGCAAGAUAGCCAGUUUGUCGACUUCGAACGGUGGCACAGCGGCAACCGAGUGGUUGUGCCCAGCGUGCCGCGCACCAGUAAGGAGCUGGAACUGCUGGCCAAGUACAAGAUCCGGUCGCUCUCCCUGGAUUUCCAGCAUGGUGCUGAGAGACAGCCAAUCACCCUCUUCAACUACCGUGAGCAAAUGCACAACUUUCUGUUCAGGGAGGAAGAGGCGGAGCGAGCUCUGAUCGCAAAGUUUAGCUUGCAAGUUGUUGUCUCCCUUCAGCAGAUGUUAGAAACCCCUUUCGUGGGGAUGAAGUUUGCCCCUCCAGGUGAGCUGUACGCUCACAUCCCCACCCCUUGCUCAGUGACCUGCGACUCCAAGGAGGGAUACCUGCUUCACCGCUGCGUCCAUACAGCCUUCUUAGCGUUGGACCCCCCCACCAACAACCGCGUCUACGAGGUUGGUGUAGAGACCAAAGAAAUCACCGAGAGGAGCAUUUCGCUCCUGCUCCCCAAGCGUUGCUGCUCUGACCUGGGCCUCAAAAGCGGGACGACCGUCAAGGUCGAAGUUCAGUUCCAAAUUGACCAGCUCCAGUUUCGGCAGUGGCAUAAUGCUGCCGAUCAGCUCUUGGAUGUGCGGCUGGUCCUUCCUGAUGUAGCUGCUUGCUCUGUCCCACGACCUCUUGAGCAGGUGCAGCUGCAGAGGGGCAAUUGGAAGCAGAAACAGGCCCUCUCCUUCAUCACUGGGGAGGCAUCUGGGGCCCGGCAGGUGCCCCCACUCCUGAUUUAUGGGCCUUUUGGGACUGGGAAGACCUUUACCUUGGCCAUGGCCACCCUGGAGAUCAUCAAGCAGCCCCAGGCGCGUGUCUUGAUCUGCACCCACACCAACAGUGCAGCGGAUAUCUAUAUUAAUGAAUACCUCCAUGACUACAUUGCAUCCGGGCACCCUGAGGCUAUCCCACUCAGGAUAAAGUAUGUUUCCCAUAAGGUCAAUACAACCGACCCAGUCACACUGCGCUAUUGCUGCCUCUCCACCAACCGGGAUUCCUUUCGUCUCCCCACCAAGGAAGAGUUGGAUCGGCACCAGAUCAUUAUCACCACCGCCAUGCUUUCCCAGGAGCUUGGAGUGUCUGCUGGUUAUUUCAGCCACAUCUUGAUCGAUGAGGCUGCUCAGAUGCUGGAGUGCGAAGCUCUGGUCCCCCUCUGCCUUGCAACUUUGAAGACCCGCAUCAUCCUGGCAGGGGACCACAUGCAGAUGACCCCGCAGCUCUUCUGCCUGCACGGAGGCGAGCAGAUGGCUGACCAUACACUACUGAACCGCCUCUUCCAGUACUACCAGAAGGAGAAGCAUGAAGUGGCCAAGAAGAGUAGGAUCAUCUUCAACGAAAACUACCGCUCCACUGCCAGCAUCAUUGACUUCGUCUCCAGGCACUUCUAUGUUGGCAAGGGAGAUGCCAUUCAUGCCAAGGGCAAGAUCCCCCCUCACCCAGAGUUCCACCCGCUCAUGUUCUGUCACGUGGCGGGCUCUGCUGAGCGGGACGCCUCAAAGGUUUCUUGGAUCAACACUUCUGAAGUCAUGCAAGUGAUUGAGAAAGUGCAAGAGAUGAACGAGAAGUGGCCAGAUGAAUGGGGGGAACACGACCUCAAGAGGAUCUGUGUGGUCUCCUAUGGAAACCAGGUGGCAGCAAUCCGGCAGGAGCUGAGGAAGAAGAGCCUGAGAGACGUGAUGGUAGAAAAUUAUGAGAAUUUACCGGGCAAGGAAUUCCGCCUAAUUAUCCUCAGCACCGUCCACACCAAGGAGAGCCUCAGUAGCAUCAAGUCCCCCAACCUGGACUUCUUCAACAAUGUGCGGGUGCUGAACACUAUCAUGACAAGGGCUCAGUCACAGGUCAUUGCUGUGGGAGAUGCGGUGGCCUUGUGCUCUUACGGCCAAUGCAGCAAGGUCUGGAAAAGCUUCAUCAAGGAGUGCGCGGAGAAGGGGACCUUGACUCCCACGACCCUGACGCUGGAGGAGAUACGGCAAGCGGCAUGUGACCGGGUCAGCUGGAACAGGGCUAGCCCCGACUCCGAAGGAACAGAAGAAGAAGGAAGUGACUCCAGUUCCUGGUUUUCGAGCUCAGAGAGCUUGAACAUGGAUGACCCCAUCUUGCAGGAACUCCUGGAUGAGAACGCACAUGCGUCUGUGAUGGUCUCUGACGAAGGGCUGUUGAAUGUGAAGUCUGAGGCCUCGACGACCCGAAGCGGCUGCCCAGAAUAUGUCAGCUUCCCUCCUGCAAUCAUGCAGAACUAUCUCCGCAUGCAGCCCGGUUUGUACAAGCGCUGUGAGUUCAUCAAGGAGGGGUUUGAUCGAGCAACGGCCUUCACUGUGGAUGAUGCCUCUCCCGUGAAUAUCCAGAUCAAAGGCAGGGUUCACUGCGGGAUGGCUUUCACAGGCGACCAGGUCUUGGUGGAGAUCCUGCCGCACAAUACCCCCGAGGGCAAUUUGCACGGGAAAGUGGUAGGCGUGCUUAAGAAAUCCGAGAGGGAACGCACCUUUGUAUGCAUGAUAGACGAGUUUGAUCCGCGUGUCAUGAUCCCCAUUGACCACACGGUCACAAAAAUCUUUGUCCCAGGGUUGAAAGACUCACCCAAUGACCUCCCCAUUCGCAAAGUAGACGCAGGGGGGAGGAUCCGGCUGCAGAAAGUCAAGAAGAUAUCACAGGAGCUCAAGAAGAAUAGUCUUUUUGUUGUCCAAGUCAUCAACUGGCGGGAAGGCUUUUACUACCCUCUGGGGGUUGUUACGGAAUUGCUGCCGAUGGCGUCAACACUAGAGAAAGGGCUGCGGAUCCUUGGCAUAGAAUACUGUCUCAAAAACCAGUACUCGGCCUCUGUGAAUAAGGAGGUGGCCAAAUUCACCUCUGGGAAGGUUGCAUCUGUGAAAAGUAGUCGUAAAGACUGCCGGGAUUACCUUACCUUCACUGUUGAUCCCCCAGGUUCCAGAGACCUGGAUGAUGCCAUCAGUGUCAGAGACUUGGGUGAUAAAUACGAGAUUGGGGUCCAUAUUGCCGACGUGGCAUCUGUCAUUCCCAAAGGCUGUGCUCUAGAUAUGGAAGCCAAGAACCGGGGGGCCACUUACUAUGCACCUGGGAAGGAACCAGUGUGCAUGUUCCCACCUCAGCUAAGUCAAGACCUCUGCAGCCUCCUUCCCCAGAAAGAUCGGGAUGUGAUCUCUCUAUUUGUCUUGGUGAACAAGACGACGGACGAGGUGGUGGAAGUUCGCUUUAACGUGUCCACCAUCUGCUCUGAUCGGCAGCUGACCUACGAGGAGGCAGAGAGUAUCGUCCACCACUGUUACAAAGCAGAAGAGCCAACACUUUGCUUUAACACCCUGGAGCACUGUGUCGCGGUCGCGUACCACUUCUCCCGAGCUCACCGGUUAUUUAGGCUCCAUGACGACUAUUAUUAUCAUCAGCUUGAUGAGGAUAGCUCUCUGGGCCAAAGAUGUUCUCAUCAGAUGGUGGAGGAAUUCAUGAUCAUGUUCAACAGCUUUGUGGGAGAGUUCCUCACCGUUAGGGAUCCCACCAGAAACGUAACACCUCUGCGGUGCCAGAGUGAGCCCAUGCCAAUGCAGAUGACUCAGAUGAGCCACAAGUACAGAGAUAUAAUCCCUCUCUCCAUUCACCUCUCACACCAUCUGGGAGCUCAGACCUCUGGAGACCACAUGGGGGCUGGUAGUGAGUUUGUUCUCCUGACUCCGUUGUGGGAUCAUCUCAGGUCAGUUGCGAGUGCCUGUGAUUUCCACGAGAUGCUAGACCUUAUUACAACAGAUGACGUCCACCCUAAACUGGUACCCGUGAACUUGGAAUUCCGAAAGCUUCUCAGCCGUUCCUAUUUCAUAUGUUCCAACUCGUCCGCCCAGUCAAAAGUGGGCCACUAUUCCCUGCACGUGGACACUUACACGUGGGCUUCCUCUCCCAUCCGGCGCUACUUGGACGUUGUGGUCCAGAGACACCUUCUUUCUGUGCUCUUGAAGAAUCCAGUCCUGUACUCCUCAACAGAUAUUGAGCUCCUUUGCCAUGAUUUCAACCGGAAGAACGGAAUGGUUGCGGCCUAUGAGAAGAAGGCCCACUCUUUGGAAAUGGCGGCUCAGUUGAAACGACAAGUCCUGCAGAAGUUUGCUUUCGUGAUGAGUGUCGAGGGGAUGGCCAAGAACUUCAAGGCCUUGUUUCCCCUGAACAAGGACACCCUUCCAGAUCCUCAUGUCAUCAACUACAGAGCACUACAACUGGUAGAGCAACCAUUUUUUAUCGAGGAGCAAAACUGUAUGAGGCUGACGUGGAAGAGAAGAAUCUACUCUGUCACCACCAAGCAGAACUGCACCCCAAAAGCGUCGAGGCUUCAGGACAGUAUCGUCACCCUCUUCAGCAUUCAGGUUUGGCGCGAUGUCCUAGAGGCUAUCAGAAAAAAAGACUAUGGGAUGGUCCCCUCGCUUCUUGAGCAAGGCUACAGCAAGCAAUCAAGAAUUGUGGGGAAGAUGCAGAGAAGCCGGUGCUCCCAUUACGUGGAACUGUCACGGGACCUCAGCGCUGGGGACGUCUUGCAAUUUCAACUCACUACAGGUGUCCAUCGGGGUUUCUUGGUGCCCUGUGUGCAGCUGUGGACUGUGGCCCCAGGCUUCGACGUGUGUCUGGAGCACACUGAGAAACCCAUUGACUGCUUUUCCAAGUAUGCCACGCGGGCUUCCAUGAAGAGCUAUAAGGACGCCACUGAGUAUCGCAAAGUGUGGUUGCCGCUCUGUGACAUGGAAUCGGCUUCGUGCGCCGUGUCCGAAAACGACUCCAUCGUCCUUUACGAUGUCCCCAUAGUCUGGGAGAAGCAGAGGACAAGGGAAGGUCAGCUCCUGGGGACAUUUUCCUUGAACAAAGAGUUCCUCAAGGAGUGUGCCAUUAAAGUGGAUUUUAGCAACUGCUACCUCUGCAUCCGCCUAGGAGGCCUGAAGCUCAGCAGCGACCAGGACGAAGUGGAGUCACUUAGUCACAGUCUCCAGAAAAUCAGUUUGACCAAGAAGAAUGCUGAAGCUGGCAAAUUAGUGGUCAAUCCAGAAACGUACACUUGGGUGGCCCACGGGCGUACUCAGAGGUUAGGUGACCCUAAGAAAUCUGACGAGAGCGAGGAACAGAUGGUGCCUUUCUACAUCAAUUUCAUGUCUAUGGAAAACAUCCCCAUUGAGAUCAGCCAGACAUCUUCCCGGUUUACUGUGGAGCUGAUUCCAAAGAUGCUGCCUGAUAUUCGGAAAGAGGAUGCCGUUUGGCAACUGGAACAUGCGAAUGAACUUGCAAAAAAUAUAGCACUUGGAAAGAGAAUUCCUGAACGAGGUGAGUGGAAACACAUCGCAAAACAUUAUCCUCAGACAUCCAAGCUCCUGAUGCUCAGUAGCUUUGAUCUACCAGAAAGACCCCGGAGACUCAACCCUAGCCAAAACCGUGCCAUUUGGGAGGCUCUGAAGAAGCAAUUUACGCUCAUCCAAGGCCCACCGGGAACCGGGAAAACCGUCGUCGGUUUUCACAUUGUUUACUGGUUCUGCCAACUGAACCAGGAGAAGCUGAACAAGGAGGACAGAAAGAAGGACUCCAGCCCGGGUGAUGAAGUCCAGAGCCACAUUCUGUACUGUGGGCCCUCUAACAAGUCGGUUGACGUUGUUGCUGAGAUGCUGAUGAAGAUUAAAGAAGUGAGGCCCCUGAGAGUAUAUGGAGAGACUGUAGAAACGAAGGAUUAUCCUUACCCUGGGAGUAGUUUACAUUUCUCUGGGAAAGCAACGCGGGACACAAGAUCCAAGCCAGAGAUCAGGGAUAUCACUUUACACCACCGGAUCAGGCGUCCCCCAAAUCCUUUUGCACAAGAAAUCUGUAAGUUUGAUGCGCGCGUGAGAAGAGGAGAGGAGAUCACAGACGAGGAAGUUGAGAGCUACAGGCUUCUUCUCAACAAAGCUUGCAAAUAUGAGCUAAAGCGCCACGACGUUAUCCUGUGCACAUGCUCGGCCUCCUGUGGCAAAAUCUUGACCCAAAACCUGAACGUCAAGCAGGUGCUCAUUGACGAAUGCGCCAUGUCCACCGAGCCAGAGACCCUCAUCCCGCUGGUGAGCCAUAAGAAAACGAAAAAGGUAGUCUUGCUAGGGGAUCAUAAGCAGCUGAGGCCUGUGGUCUGCAAUGAUUUCUGCAGGACCCUGGGCAUGGAGACCUCCCUCUUUGAGCGCUACAAAGAUCAGGCCUUGAUGUUAGACAUCCAGUAUCGCAUGCAUAGAGACAUUUGCCGGUUCCCGUCCAUCACGUUUUACGAAAGCAGAUUGAAGACUUGGUCUGGCCUCAUGCGUCCACCCAAUGUCCUCUUCCACAAGAGCAACAGCUGCUGCCCCAUCAUCUUCGGCCACAUUGAGGGCAAAGAGAAGAGCCUCAUGGUCUCGACAGAAGACGGGAAUGAGAACUCCCGGGCCAACCUUGAAGAAGCAGAACAAGUGGUAAGGAUAGUGAAGCAGCUGACCCUGGAUGGGAUCAUCAAGCCUGAGCAGAUCGCUGUCCUGACCCCUUACAAUGCCCAGGUGGUCGAGAUCAAGAAAAUGCUGUCCCAAGAAAGGCUGCAAAACGUGACCGCCUGCACCAUCAUGAAAAGUCAAGGCAACGAGUGGAAGUAUGUGAUCGUGUCCACGGUGCGGUCCUGUUCCCGGUCGAUCAUUGACAAAAGGCCCACCAUCGGCUGGCUGAAGAAGCAUUUGGGGUUUGUGACCGACCCAAACCAGAUCAACGUCUGCAUCACCCGGGCGCAGGAGGGGCUCUGCAUCAUUGGCAACCGUUACCUCCUCGAAAGCAACCGCUUGUGGCGACAGCUUGUGCAACAUUACCGAGCCCAGGGCUGCCUCACCAUCGCCUCUGCGAUCCAGGUUAGGGGAUCGCUGGCUGCUCACUAA